UCGGCUUGUUCACUUGGGGCUUGGACACAGACAUCUGCAAAUCUGCUUUGCUCUUAUGUAAAUGAAUUAGAAUUUGCAUGACAAUUUAAAAGGUUUAAAAGAAGAAUGCAGGAAAAGAACAUUCUUUCAGUGAACUCAAAAUUGGGUUUACAAGCUCACAGCCCAUUGCGAAAAAAUGAGGACGUGAGAGUUGAUGUAAAGAAAAGAGGAAGGAAUCAGCAGAAUCAGGCUUUCUGGAGUAAGGAGAUACUUGGAAAAUCAGUGGAUGCUAAUUUGGAGAACAGCCCUCUCUGUCCCUAUAUAACAGGGUGCAGAACACUGAUUCUACACACACACUACACUUUCUACAGCCGUGACUGUCUGUGUGUGAAAUCAGAGAUUCUGCUAAAAUGAGGAACCUGUCUGCUCUGCUGUUUGUGCUGCUGCUCUGUUCUCUCCAGCUGGUCUCUAGUGGUCCUGUUCUUAACCCUGCAGACUGCUGUUAUAAACCGACUCAAAAUAAGGUGCCCCUCAAACGCAUCGUGUCCUACAACUGGACCAGAAGCGAUUGCUCCAUCAAAGCUGUGGUCUUUAAGAUGAUUAGUGGAAAGGAGAUAUGUGUGGAUCCUGCCUCUGACUGGGUCAAUGACCACAUGAAAGCAGUGGACCAGAGAACAGUAUCUACUACUGGAAACCCAACAUCUACACCUGCUACUUGAAAUACAACAUCCUCCAAACAUUGAAGAUGACCAGCUAAAGGCUAUGAAAUGUCUAAGAUUUUAUAUCACAUACACACUGUAUAUAAGUACAUAUAACCGUCUACCAUGAGGGACUAUUUAUCUUAAAUAUUGGUAAAAUAUUGGUAAAAGUCUUUUUUUUUAUAAUAAAGUCAGUUUUUCAAAAAUGCA